AUGAGCCAUCCAAGUAUUGGACAGGACGAGAUGACUGUGUCGCCGUUGUGGAGCCAGUCCCUGCAAGUCGGCCGCCAGCCAGCAGGAGUGUUGCAAUUCCCAGCAGCUCGUCGGUAUCGAGAAAGCCGACACCCGAUCGAGUACCAGGACAAAGAUCGACUGGUGAAGGCACGCACAGAGCUGGCAGUUGGUGUCAACGACAGACGUACUGCGCCAACUGCCAGCGUCUUUUCUUCACGUCGCUUUCCUCCUUCAGAAGCAUAG